UGUUCGGGGCGCGGGAACUUCUCAUGACGGGCUUGUUAAUGCCGGUUAUCUGGAGACGGCGAAGAAGAUGGUGAGGAGGAUGAGCAAGGAGGGGUUCUUGCCGGAUGUGGAUACGUUUAACUCGUUGCUUGAGGCUUUGUGCAAGUCCGGGGAGAUUGAUUUUUGCGUGGAGAUGUUGAAGGAGGCGGGGGAGUUGGGGCUUUGUCCGGAUAUUUCGACUUACAAGGUUAUGAUCCCGGCGGUUUCGAGGGCGGGUAAGAUCGAUGAGGCUUUUAGGUUGUUGUAUUGUGCGAUGGAGGAGGGGCAUAGGCCGUUUCCGAGCUUGUAUGCGGCGAUCAUCAAGGGGUUGUGUAAGGCGGGGAGAUUUGCGGAUGCGUUUAGUUUUUUUGGGGACAUGCAGGUCAAGGGGCACCCACCGAAUAGGCCGGUGUAUACUAUGAUGGUGAAGAUGUGUGUGAGGGGAGGGAAGUAUGUGGAGGCGGCGAAUUAUUUGGUGGAGAUGACGGAGGUGGGUAUGGUGCCGAGGGGGCAGAGUUUUGAUAUGGUGGUGGAGGGGUUGAAGCAUUGCGGGAAGCAUGAUCUUGCUAGGAGGAUGGAUCAGAUGGAGGUUUCGCUUAGGAGGGAGUGCUAGUGUUCAAUGAAUGAGAAGUAAGGGGGAUUCGAUGCGGGAUUCUGUUGUGAAUCAACCGAGUGCAGCAAGACUCCUAUGGCUCAGAGGCUUGUUCCUUGCUUGACACUGCAAAGGAAGCGUCAAGCGUGCCAGAACUGCUCACAAUAGGAAGAGAGUCACAAAGGCAAAAUCUGAAGCUAUUGAGUACCAGAAGCUUCUUGCCACCAAGCUGAAGGCGCUGUGAUUUUACCCUUAAGAAAGAGAGAGUUUUUCUUUUUUUUUUUUCUAUUUUUGACCAAUAGAACUCCUGAGGGUAAUAGAAUAAAAACAUAAUUCACUCAGGGUUCUAUCUACAACAAUAGAACUACAAGGAGGUCUAUCCGCAAUUGGGCGAUAGCACAGGGGGUGUUUCUACAAUUAACCCUUACAAUCUUGUUUCACCUCUGGAUUGUGUGCUUUUUUUAGAUCUGAGAAAUUGCAGAAGAAAUCAAGUUGAGCAGCAGAUGACUUUUAUUUGCAUAUUGUGCAUUUAACUUUGUACCGAGAACUUGUUACAAUCCGAUCCUGUUGCUGCUUUAAUCCUUUUCUUGAAGUUGACUCUAGUGGCAGCGCAACUUGAGCAUGUCUCAGUGGGAAAAUUGGCUCAUGCGAUAUUACCACUGGAUUUGAUUGACUCGCCCCUGGUAGUUUAUGCAUGUUUAUGGAGGGUAGGCGUCUUUGGUUCCAAGCUCAUAAAUGUUAAUUGGCUUGUAUCUUCUG